CCAGGAGAACGCGGGCAGGCCGGGGCGAGCGGCGGCGGAGAGCCAGGGCUUUUCCGCCCGUCUCUGCGCGCCGGUCUCUGCCCCGGCCCGCUGAGGUGAGUCCCCAGCGCGCCUUGAGGGGCUUGGGCCGGGCGUGGGCUCCUCCUCUUCGGCGUAAAGGAGCCGGAGGAAGCAGAGAGCUCAUCAACCCUUUUGAACACCGUGUGUGCACGCAUAGGACAGAGGAUGACUUAAAAGCACCAAGGUUUUGAAAAAAGGGUAACAACCCCCUGCUGCACGAGACAUCCUGCAGGAUAUGUGUUUGUAGCUGGAAAGGGGAUCAUGUGCGAGUUUCAGCUGCUGUGGGCGCUCUCAGAAAGGCUGGGAUUAAGCUCAGUAUUGGAGGACAGGACAUAGCCUCACGCUAUGCCAUGGGACUUGCAGGUUGGAUAUCAGGAAGGUUCUCUUCCCAGAAGCAGAGGUGAGAAUUGUCACUGGAAGAUUUAAGCUUGUUUCUAAUAAUAUGCCUGUGAGUUUUCUUCAGUGUCAUGAAUCUGAAUCCGCCUGCAGGAGUGCAGGUAACAAAAAGGAGAUGCAAAGUUGUAAGUCUAUAACUGACAUUUUUGAAGAGAUGUGGCAUUUUAAAUUAAAAAAAUGCAGAAAUAGCACUAUAAUGUUUCAAAUUUGACUUUCUGGAGGCCUCAUCUUCAGUAAAAUCAAGGUAACUCUGCAGGGAAGUUGUGUCAUGGUAAUGCUGGACAGUUAGGUACCCACGUGUAUCAUCCCUUCUUGGUAUUUUGUUAAGGUCUUUUUUCUUGCAGGUUAUAUUAAGAGAAAAAUUUAAAAAGUGUUAAGGUACUGACAAAGUUUAGAAGAUAAUCCUGUGAAUGAAGAAAAGUGUUGGAACUGAAUUUAUAAAGAAUGGAAGGAUACAACGUGUUGGAAGUACUAGGAGAGGGAUCCUUUGGCAGAGCUCUCCUAGUUCAUCAUACAAUCAACGACCAAAAGUAUGUAAUGAAGGAAAUAAGGCUUCCCAUGUCUUCAUCUGGUGUAGAGAAUUCUAGGAAGGAAGCUGUUCUUUUGGCUAAAAUGAAACAUCCAAAUAUUGUUGCCUUUAGAGAAUCAUUUGAAGCUGAUGGACAUCUGUAUAUAGUGAUGGAAUAUUGUGAUGAUGGAGAUCUAAUGCAAAAGAUUAAGCACCAAGGAGGAAAUUUGUUCCCUGAAGACAUGAUCCUUCACUGGUUUGUGCAGAUGUGCCUGGCUGUGAAGCACAUCCAUGAUAAACGUGUGCUGCACAGGGAUAUAAAAUCCAAGAACGUCUUCCUCACUCAAAGUGGAAAAGUCAAGUUGGGAGAUUUUGGAUCUGCACGCCUUCUUGCACAUCCAAUGUCAUACGCUUGCACCUAUGUGGGAACUCCUUACUACGUACCUCCUGAAAUAUGGGAAAGUCUGCCAUACAACAACAAAAGUGAUAUCUGGUCUCUGGGGUGUAUUCUGUAUGAGCUGUGCACUCUAAAACACCCGUUUCAAGCCAAGAGCUGGAAACAUCUCAUCCUUAAGAUAUGCAAAGGGUCCUAUGAUCCACUUCCAUCUCAGUAUUCCUAUGAGCUUCAUUACUUAAUAAAACAGAUGUUUAAGAGAAAUCCCCAGAAUCGCCCAUCCGCCAGUACUAUUCUUGCAAGAGGCUGCCUAACCAAACUUGUGAAAAAUUGUUUGCCUUCUGAGAUUGCAAAUGAGUUUGAGCAGACAUUAAAGGAAACCAAGAAACCUGAAGGCAAUGCAGCACGACAGAAGGGUAGUGUCAUGGCUGGGAGAAGCUUAAACAAUAAGACAGAAAAUAGACAAAAGAAAGAUGAAAGCAGCAAGCAUAGCCCCUUAGAAAGGAAAAAUGCGGAGGGUUUGAGUGAAGGCACAAGGAAGCAAAGGAAAUCUUAUCAAGAAGGAAGUACUGAUCUGUCACACGCCCACAGAAGGCAAUGGGAAAAGAGGAUAUCCAAUACUGUGCUGGAUGUCCUGGAAAAUGCAUCCUUGCUUUCUUCCAGUUUUACAUCUCAAGAGACUGAAAGUGGUGGUGUUAUAAACUACAGUGAAAAUAAGCCACGGAGGCAGUGGAGCAAGGAACCCCCUCAGACCCUGAUGGACAUGCUCAGCAAUGCAGAUGUCAGCUUAGCAUUUAAAACAUACACAAUUUAUAGACCAGCUUCUGAAAAUAUAUUGAGAGGUCCACUUUCUGAUGAAAGCAAAGCAUCUGAUGAAGUAGAUGGUGAACAUGAAGCUGUUGUCAUAGAUUCUAAGAGACUUGAACCUAGAUCUGAUGAAGAUGACACAGACUUUGAGGAAGAUGACCCAGACUGGGUGUCAGAACUGGAAAUGGUAUUGGAACAGAGCAACUGAAAACCUGAAUUUACCUGCGAUGAGUGAAGUUAGGUGGGCUGGUAUCCAAGUUGUUGUUAAUAACUGGUUAUUCAUUAAAUAAUUUCCAUUUA